AUGAGUCGGUUCGGUAAGGUGUGCGGCGAGGUACCUGCGCACUUGAAACUUGUCGGUGUCCAGACAGACAGACACAAGCGUCUCUGCGUCUAUCGCCGACGUCGAGAGUGUAAUUUAGUAUGGUCAAUCCAUGGCCGCCGAAUCCCGGAGAACGUUAUACGAUUCGGGUCGACCUGAUCUCCAUUAUCAAUAUUAUGUUCAUCCGCGCUGUGUCCCUAAUUUGAAUGGCUUUAUUGGAAAAGAAGCCGUCUUCCCGAAGGAUCCCGCUGGGAAUAUUGAGAUUUGAGAAGUGCAAAGACUGUUGAGUGACUUCAUUCGAUCUAGCCGGAUCCUAUUCCUGAAGUUAUAUUUGCAAGAUUCUGUCCACCAAAACCAACUAAACAGUAGUGGAAAGCCGAAGAUGACAAUUUAUAAGAACUCGAUUGGAAAAUCAGCAAGAGUAGAACUACCUGAGAAGGUUUUUCUCUGUCAGUAAACAGCUAAAAAAAAACCAAAAUACUGAAAACAUGAAGGUAAUUUAGAAAUCAAAUGCUUUCUCUACUCAAAGGAAAACCAAAGAAAACAGAUUAUAUAGUCGUCGAAAAGGUCACAUUUUAAUAAAAAAUAAGACCAAAGAGUCAACUCGACUCAUGUAGUCGAAAGCUAGUUUCAACUUUUCAUACUGGAACUGCCAAAAAUUUUCUAAAAACGGAAUCUUAAGUAAACUGAUACGGUAACUGGGAAUUCCACUAGCACUGGACUUUUAUGUGUUCACCCUGUGCAAAAACUCAGAUCCUACUUUGGUUAACUAAAAAAGUCCUUCAUAAACUAACGGCAUUUCUUCCAUUGAAUGCCAGAACCCUUUCUGAUGAAAAAAGUCUGUCAUGUGAACAGUUUUUUUUUGUGAUAAAAAACAUGGUCAAAUCCUCUCAAAUCCGAAUGCGAGAUGCGGCGGAGCAGUUCAAGACGCGUAGUCCUCGGGAAAAUUGCACAGUGGGCGCCUCGCCGAAAAAUGUGUGUUAAGCAAACAGUCGCCAUGGGACUUAGAUGCAAAAGAAGUGCUUUGCGACGUGCGGAAACCCGUGGCGGAAGCAUGUGUCUCUAAUGACUUACACAAUCACCUGAGACAAGUGUUUCCGAGGGACUGUCCUACGCAUCUUUGCCGCAAGGAGCACGGUAAAGACGAGAUUCUCAGUGGAUCCAUCUCGAAGAAGUCAUAA